CCCAAUCCUUAUCCCAUUUCUAUCUUUCUCCUUUCUUCUUCUACUGUUAAACGACAAGGGGGGAUUUGGCGUUAAAUCUUAUGUUCGGAAGUCCCAAUUCGAUGGCAGCUUCUUCAAUUUCUUCCCACUCUCAUCUACUUGUUACUUCUUCUACAUUCAAUCCCCUCAAACGCAAGUCACUGAUCAAUGGCAUUAUUAGCUUUGCUCCUACUUUCGGCACUCAAUUCUCUCCUCGCCGCCUCGCUCCGCUCUGCUCUUCUCAAUCCCCACCUCCGUUUCGGCUCCCAGAUCAGAAACAGAAAGAUGGGAUGUUUUGGUUGAAGAAAAGUGCGAUUUCAAUUGCAUUAGCUGGUUGGUUGAUAUCUGGAAUGCCUGCAUUGGGAUGGGGAGGUGAUGGCAAUGCGAGGUCUCCGGCGUUGCCAGACGUAUCGGUUUUGAUUUCCGGGCCGCCAAUUAAGGAUCCGGGGGCCUUGUUGAGAUACGCAUUGCCCAUAGACAAUAAGGCUAUUAGGGAAGUUCAGAAGCCUCUUGAAGAUAUUACAGAAAGUCUCAAGGUUGCUGGCGUCAGGGCUCUUGAUUCUGUUGAAAGAAAUGUUAGGCAGGCGUCCCGGGCCCUCAAGCAGGGAAGGACUUUGAUUGUUUCUGGAUUGGCAAAGUCGAAAGUUGAGCACGGGACUGAAUUGCUCAACAAGCUGGAAGCUGGGUUGGAUGAGCUUCAACAGAUUGUUGAGGAUAGGAACCGAGAUGCAGUGGCACCUAAACAGAAGGAGUUGCUUAACUAUGUUGGAAGUGUUGAAGAGGAUAUGGUAGAUGGCUUCCCAUAUGAAGUUCCCGAGGAAUAUCGGAAUAUGCCUUUACUUAAGGGGAGAGCAACGGUUGAGAUGAAGGUCAAGGUUAAGGACAAUCCCAACGUGGACGAGUGCACUUUCCGCAUUGUUUUGGAUGGCUAUAAUGCUCCAGUUACUGCUGGUAAUUUUGUCGAUUUGGUAGAAAGGCAUUUCUAUGAUGGAAUGGAGAUUCAAAGAGCGGAUGGCUUUGUUGUACAAACCGGUGAUCCUCAAGGUCCUGCAGAAGGAUUUAUCGACCCCAGCACAGAGAAAACCCGUACUAUACCUCUAGAAAUUAUGGUAAAUGGCGAGAAAGUACCUUUCUAUGGCGCCACCUUGGAAGAGCUCGGCCUAUACAAGGCCCAAACAAGGCUUCCAUUCAACGCUUUUGGAACAAUGGCCAUGGCUAGAGACGAGUUCGAAAACAACUCUGCUUCAAGUCAGGUAUUUUGGCUAUUGAAAGAAAGCGAGCUUACUCCUAGUAAUGCCAAUAUAUUGGAUGGUCGCUAUGCAGUGUUUGGAUACGUAACAGAAAACGAGGAUUAUCUAGCAGAUCUCAAGGUUGGAGAUGUUAUAGAAUCAAUGCAAGUAGUAUCUGGACUGGACAAUCUUGUUAACCCUAGCUAUAAGAUUGCUGGUUAGUUUGUUAUCGAGUUUAUGAAUUUAUAUCAGUCCCCCACCAUGUACAAGAAAAAGGUAGGGACUGUAUCUGAGAAAUAAAAGUUUCUGCAGAAUAAAAUGUUUGUGUGUGAUACUUUUUUGAGACUAAGAGUUAUUUUUGUUCACA